CGGUGACGUCACCGCCCCGCCCGCCCCGCGCAGGAGGAGCCGCCGCCCGGCGCAGACCGCGAUCAGCCCCGCAGCCGCCGAGCGAGAUGGCCGAGUACUGCAGCCUGCUGGAGGAGCUGGCGGAGAACAUCACGCGCGAGGACCUGGACCAGCUGAAGUCGGCCUGCAAGGAGGACAUCCCCAGUGAGAAGAGCGAAGAGAUUGCCACCAGCAAGGACUGGUUUAGUUUCCUGGAGAAGCACAACAAGCUGGACAAGGACAACCUGUCGUACAUCGAGCACAUCUUUGAGAUCUCCCGGCGCCCAGACCUGCUCACCAUGGUGGUGGAGUACCGCACCCAGGUGCUGAAGAUCUCUGAGGAGGACGAGGUGGACACCAAGCUGACCCGCAUCCCCAGCGCCAAGAAGUACAAAGACAUCAUCCGGCAGCCCUCAGAAGAGGAGAUCAUCAAAUUGGCCCCCCCGCCCAAGAAAGCCUGAGAGGGGAGGUGGAAGGGGCAGGGGGGAGUCCAGGCCACGUUGCCACCCCCAGCCCCCUCUGCCACCAUCACCCCCCCAGCGGCCCUGCCCCUGCCACCCUGCCCCCCUGCCGCAUGGCCAGAUGGGAGGGGGUGCAGGGGGGGCCGCCUUGGUCACUAACACCGUCUUAACACCCAACACCUGGCCCGGGGGAGCAGGGGG